AGCAGCCCCAACGGAAGUCUACGUCUGUCUUCUGCAGAGGUAGUACUAAAGCGAUGAGAUAUCAUCGCCUGGACAAGGUGUAGUGUUUCGAUCGAGCGAAAACGAAAUUGCAAAGAGAAAUAUAACGAAGACAACAUUAUGAUAAAUAAAAGUGAGAGCAUUGUAUCGGCUACAGUACCGAAGCGGACCAAAUAUUGCCGAAUACAAAUUUUGGAAGAUGUUGAGGCCCGGAACAAAAAGAUAAGGCACCAUCACAAUACGACUUCUAAGCACCUUCAGGACAAGAAGUACAACAAAGUGGCUACGGAAUGAAAUUAUCACGUCGACACCCGACACCCAUGUUUCAUCCCGCAUCUAUUGUAAUCCUGUACUUCCUAGAAGUACCUAUAUUACGCCGCGCAUUUUUCUUAGAUUACCCCAAGAACCAAACGCCAGCCACAUCGAAGCAAGGCCGGCGCGAGACGAUGACCUCCACAUAGCUGUGUAAGUCUGGCGCUGGUCGUGCACCAGGACUAGAAGUAGUGAUUAUAGUGUGUACUUCUACUACGCACUCUAAGAACCAUGCUCCGUCAAGACAAGUUUUUGCUGGCCGCGCACCCGGACUACCUCGCGUCCGAGGAAGAAACCAGACAGUUCAUCCAUCACUGCUUCAGAAACAACCUGAAUCUACUUGCCGCCAGCUUCGGGUACGACCAGGUCCUGGGAAGUAGCACUACAUCUUCUUCAAGGGCGGGUGGGGACCACGAGGACCCGGGUGAUAUUGAGCGCACGACCACCACCGCUUGUAACUCUAAUUAUGACGGCAAGAACCCCGAGACACACCCGGCGUACGCCCAGAUGUUCCACACUGCGACGCGCAUGCUCUGGCAGGCCAAGCAGGAGAAGCCGAAGAAUCAGAAAGAGCUGCUGGAAAAGGGCGAAGCGUGGUUACGGGAGUGUUUGGAGUACCGGGAGCAGUACCGGCUGAAGGAGGCACUGUUUGACGUACCAAGUGCAAAAAUGUCUGGGUCUGGAAGAAUGCAACUUGUGAUGCUACAUUUGGAUUCCAAAAAAAACUGUAUUGCGUGAGUAGCAAAGGGAAUGCAAUUUUUGCUACGCUGAGAAGGCAUUUGUCAUGCGCAAUUAUAGGCAUCAAGAAGCCCUCAAAAAAUCUGUAUUGCUAGGGUAUGCAUCACAGACAUCAUGGCUCAUGCAAAACGUGCAUGACAAGUUUCAGAAUCUUCCAGACCCAGACACUUUUGCAUUUGAUAUGACGUAAAGUUCAACAAAACGCACGUUCGGCUGUUCCGGAAUCUGCUGGGCUACGGUUUCAGCAACCGAGUCUCCAGAAAAGGGCAGUACGCCGUGCUCUGGACCCGGUUCGGCUACAGCGACUUUGCGGAAUUGCAGAAACUGCCGCUGGAGGUCUGUGCCCGGUGCUGGAUGCGAAUUUGGGAGUACAUGGGCACGGUGCAGAUGCGGCACCUCUCCCUGAUGGAGGGGAAAAUUGUCGACCGCGUGUUGCUCAUCGUGGACCUAGCCAACAUGGGGGUUUCGGCGCUGGUACGAUACUGAACUGUGAAACAUUUUUUUCUCACCACGAUCUCUGCCGACGGCGAAAGUUCUACUUGUGUGUGAACAUAUUCAGAUGAAGGUGAAGCAAUCGUCUUCUAAGUUCUACUCAUAUCUUCCAACUAUGCCCCAAAUACUGUAAAUCCAGUCUCAAAAUUAUCUCAAAACAGUCCUGGCUCCGCACGUUUCUAAAGCACGUCGCGAAUCACACACGGCACCUUUUUCCGGAGUCCAUGGCCCACAUUCUGAUCGUAAACAUGCACUGGCUGAUCCGGGCGCCGACAAACACGCUGUCGCGACUGUUUUUGAAUCCCGCCACGCUGUACAAGUUCCGAUUUCUCUCCGCGGUGGAGGAGUUGCAGGAGUUCCUCGACGUGCGGGACAUCCCACUCUACUUGAACGGGAAGAACGCCGACCCCCUCCUCAACCCCGACCCGGUCACGGGCCGGCUCCCCGGGGGCCAGGAGGCGAUUUGGACACAGCAGAUGGUGAGAGGGGAAGUAGACGCGAGCGAAUAUCUAGCCGCGAGAGAGCCUUACGACCGCCACGGAGGAUGUAGUAGUAGUAUUGUCGGCGCAGGAGGAGGUGGAGGAGCUGCUGCUGCUGCACCUCCAGGGCAGAAUAUUACUAACUCGGCUGCAACAUCGGCCACCACUACGACGAGUGUGCUUCCGGUGGGACGAAGAAGUUCAUCUUCGAAAGCAAGCAAGAGCAAACUCACUGUUGCUCGUCCAACCCUUGAUGCUCAUCGUGGCCCACAGAUCAUGAACGCGGAUAGUUUUACCAAGGACAGCAUCAACCCUCGCGAACCCCCACCGCCGGAGCCAAAAGUGAACGAAGCUGAUGGAGUCGUCUUCGGCGACCACUCUGGCGCAAACGUCUCCGUCAAUCAUGUAGUGGAUGAAAUAUCAAGUAGACCCGGGGGCACCGCCCCCGGCGGAGAACCAUCAGCAGCAGCCGCAGCACGGUCAGCGAAUCUUAAAAGAACUUCUACAGGAAGUGGUCCUGCCGAUGAAGUGGAUGACCCACUCUGCUCGCGGACCCCUAGCACCUCCCGCCCCUCCAGCAGUGCCAGCGGAAUUUCACUCGCGAAAACGAUCUCCGUGUCGAGCAACGACCAGAGCGGGGCGGGCGGCCCAAUGACAACGACGACCGGAGCUGGUACUAGUAGUAAGAAUAUCACCACCAGCACGACCACGUCCACGCAGCUUCGGCCAGUAGAGCACGACGUCGACGUGGUCGUCCCCACACCUCCCAUCAACACGAAGAACGCCCCCAGCAACUCUGGAUAUAGUAGCUCCCACUCCCAGCCCGCCCCUGAGGACGCAGUAUGUUUAGUACCCUCUAGCAGUUGCGCAACAACGCCUAGUACCUCCCAGAAGUCUUCGUUUUUGCAGGUUCAUCUACCCAGUUCGUCUACACCGACCACCACCACCACGACCCCAAAUUACAUCAACCCGAUCGAAGCCGUUCCAUUUGGUGCUCCUGAGGAUGCGAAAAGCUCCGCAUCCACCACCAGCAGUACUGCCCCAUCCAAAAAGUCCUGGUGGAACCGGCGCUCCUCCGACGACCAAGCAGAUGGCUGCUCUUCAGACACUGCUGCACAACAAGAUUCCCCCCGCUCCCUACCCAUGUCCAGUGUCGCGGCUCGGAAGAUUGGGUGUUUCCCCGGUGCUGGCACCACCUCGCCGUCCAAAGGACCGCUCGUCCGGGGCGGCAUUGCGAAAAUGGUCUCGAGAUCGUCCGCUUCUUCGACUUCUACCAAGGGAGGGGGUGUUGAGCAGAAGUCUAGUAGUACUUCUUCUAAACAGCCUCUGCCUCACACGACCACCAGCACCACGAACCGAGCAUCUUUACUGUUGCAAAACGACGCCCAAAUCGACGAUUUGUUGGACAAGAUGGACGCGGGCGUUCUGGCGACUGGCACGGUCCCGGUCGUUGUUUCUGGUAGAAGGAAAUCGUCUUCUGUGUCUGGUUCUGGUAGUUUUGCCGCUCCUGUCCGAAGUGGCAGCAAGGCCGCAAGCAAAAGUGGGACAACAUCAACUAAGGAGAAGACUCAUCAGACAGAUGCUGCUCGUCGCUCAUCAAGUACUAGAAAAAGCAGCAAGGCAAAGUCCGCAGGUAGUUCAUCAUUGUCUCCGCUGUCCAGCCAUGCGUCGUUCGCAAGCUGUGAGGAUGAUGCUGGUCCCGACGAACUACAACAUGGUGGUGCUCCUCUCGAUCUUGAGGAAAUUACUACAUCAGGAGCCGCAGAAAUUACCCGCUACUCGACAACCCGAGAGUUUGCCACGGCGCAGGACUUGGAAGAAGGAGAUCUUUUGGACACAGAUGAACAAGCACGACCACGAGUAAAACAAGAUGGAGAGGGUGAUAUCAAGCACAGAAAGACAAAUUCCAAAGUUUCUUCACAUGACAGUGCCACUUCCACUACAACGUCAGCGGCAUUGAAAAUUGCUGCUACGUCGAGUAGUUCCGCCUCUCCUGCUCCGCCGCAGGAGUCCAAACACAACGGCGCGCCUGGCAUCGCCCAGGCGGUCCGAGGUUCGCCGCCAAGGAAGCUGCUAUCCCAGGAGAGUGUCAUGAUAUCCAGCACGACGACCUUGCCGUCCGCGGGGGAAGCUGCUGCUGCUGCUCGGCCAGGUCGUGACCAGGGGGCGAAUGUAAAAAUAAGAAUAACUGAAAGCGACGAGAAAAAGCAGGACAGCUAUAAUUACGCCACUGGCGCCGCAGUUUCCGGGCCGCAUCCGGUCCGAAGUAGUACUAAGGGAAGUAAGCGCACUAGUAGUGAAAGAACGAUCGCAUCAAAGGACUCUGUGUCCUCGUCGGUAGACAUCUUCAACCAGCAAACUGAACCUGCGCCACCUGGACGAGGUAGCAAGCAAAUAAUUCCAGAAGAAAGUCGACGAGAUUUGAGGACUUCGGCAGGAGGAGAAAACAAAACUACGGAGAACGCUAAGCUGCGAUCGGGCAGAGAACCAGGAGGAGCAUCUGGCCCGCCUCGCGCAAGAACCGCAGGAGUACUCGUAGCCGCGCAAGAAGCGCAAGAUGGCGCAUUUGUCAGGCCACAGCGGCAGAGCAUGACGAAUCUUCGAGCUGACCACGGAGUACAACUAGGGCCACAGGAGCAACACUUCGACCUGCACCCCGUGGUCCAGCAGGAGCAACGCUAUAGAAAUGAUCUUGAUCAGUUAGAACAACAACAGUCCGACGAUCGAAGAAAAAAUCUGCCCGUGCCCUCAUCGAAAAUAAACUACAGCGCAACUACAUCGCGAGAGCGACCUGUAGUUGUAUCAGCACAAGAACCAGCUGCGCAAGAACAUCAACAAGCAAAAAUGCAAAACGAAAACUCCACAACCUGGAUGCGCCAGAUCGCCAGUCGCUUCGCGGAUGUGUCUCGCAAGUUGCCGCCGAACGGCUUUAUGUCGGCGAUGUCUCCCAGUGCAGCAUCUCCAUCUGGUGGUCCCUCGUCCUCCGCACAGCAUCUUCACGCCGCGCAUCUUCAAAGACACCAGCAAAUGAUCGUGCAACACCCCCCAAACAGGAACUCUUCCUCCAGAAUAAGCGCAACUAGUAUAACAACUUCAGGCCCCCGCUCGUCGCGACUACAGAGACAAGAAGACCAACAGCUGCACGGACCACCUCCGAGCUACUCUCAAGGAAGGAAAAGUCGCAACUUUCAGGAAACGGAAGAGAACCUGAACGUGACCCAACAGCACCGCUACAAUGCUUCUUCUACUAGUACAGCAACACGGCAAGAAAAAGAAUCAGACCACAGUUCUCCCGGGUUUGAUGGACCAAUGACCACAGCAACAUCUAAGCCGCAUCAGAACAAGAGCAGUAGUCGUUGGAGCUUUUCUUUCGUGCGGUCCAGCGUCAAGAGGAAAGACUAUCAUGACAUUGACGAUAGGGAACGGCUAGAUAUGGCACGUUUGUAGUAGAGUAGAACGCCAGGAGGGCCAGGAGCCGGCCCCGGCGGGCCUAGAUGAUAUAAAAAAUAUCGUGGCGCAGGCGCGCCUGCCGAGCAGCAGUAGGGUGGUAGCUUUAAUAUGGUAAGUAUUUUCCUCAAAUGCGACAUCGCGGCUCUUCUGAGUGAUGAAGAACGUUGAGCACACGCACAGUGCUACCGCUUGUAUCAUUUUCCAAUACGCCAGCUCCUGCACAUGACAUCUUCUUUGUGAUCAGGCUAACAGUGCGAGAAGCUUCCUCCAUGUAUACCAAUUUCUCAACGGCUGGAGGUGGUAUUAUGCCGGUCCAUGUUCUGUUUAUUUUUAUCUGAAGUUGCUCGUUCUCAUUCUCAACCUCAAGUUCGCCAUAUGCCUAUCAUGAUACCGUUACAAGUAGAUUGACGCGAAGGGAAGAUUGAUAAAGAUAAACCUGAACUUUUUUCAACAAGUAGGUGCUAUGUUGCGCGCGGUGCUGCAACCUACUUUAGUACAUUUAUACCACGACAUGUUGGACAUAAUUCUGCAGAGGAGCUAGAGGUAGUGCCAAGUUCGACGAUUCUUGUACCAAUCUUCAUGUUAUGAAUUGCAAAAGUAUCGUACUCGCAGUAAUUGCGUUUAUGCAUUACAAAUCUCUUUCUCAAGGUCAAUCAGCAUUACAAAUUUAAUUUGGAAUGCUGGGCUAAUUUGUAAUGCAAUUUAUACUAGUACGAUAGGAUACUUUUGCAUUGCAUACAUGUGCGGAGUAAACUCGAAGGCAGCUCCUCAUCCGGCAGCGACGCGGCCCUCUACUUUAGCCUCUACUCAAGAGCCAAAAGUAAUGUCAACAUUUACCGCCUCAAGCUCAACUACAUGGAACUAAGUACAGCCGCAUGGUACGAUUAACAGUGCCGAGGAUACGAGUUCUUGGUUUCAUACAGGCUGAUAGUACUUCUUGACAGUACCUUCUACGCAACACAUGUCAUCUUGAAGUCGGUUUUUAUGAUAGACCAACACGGGACCUACAUUCUUGCGACACAUGAUAAUACCAGAGUCUGCAUUCCUUUGGCUUUUGCUGAUACAGGGCUGGGGCUGUGUAUACGAUUAUACAUGUUCUUGGUGUAGGUGAAACUUAGUCUAUCAUAUAGUGUUCUUGUGAUCAGCUGUGGUGCUGGGCGUCGGCAACCUGUGUCGGGAGAAGGAACAUAACACAUUGGCAUCAACACAUUAAUGCCUGCUUUGAAAACAUGCGGCAAAUGGAAAAUAAAUCAUAUCCACGACCACAUCAAGCAUAAGCAAACGAAU